UCCCCCCCCUGCGGCGUGGGGCUCCUGGUUAUUUUUAGCCAGAAGUAAGGGCUUCGCUUGGAAGUUCCUGGGUCCGGGAGGACCGCGCCCCGAUGGAUGGAUGGGCUUUAGUCUUCUUUCCUUGCGGGCACUUGUGAAAGGUCCCGUGGUGAAGGCGGUGGUGACCGGAAGCCCCCCAUGCUAGUCUGGAGUCUGCCCACCCACGGAUCUCACAUGGAGUCUAGGGGCCUGUUUCCCAAUCAGAGCCUCUUUGAAGACUCGGUUAUCGCCGAAAGAUGUCCACUUUCACUCUCAGAGGAAAGAGCCAGACUUCUCAGAGGUCAGUCUGUUCAACAAGUGGGACCCCAGGGCCUUCUGUAUGUUCAGCAAAGAGAGCUUGCAGUGACCUCCCCAAAGGAUGGCUCCAUCUCCAUUCUGGGUUCUGAUGAUGCCACUACUUGUCACAUUGUGGUCCUGAGGCAUACAGGUAAUGGGGCAACCUGCCUCACACAUUGUGAUGGAACUGAUACCAAAGCUGAAGUCCCCUUGAUAAUGAGCUCCAUAAAAUCCUUUUCUGACCACACUCAGUGUGGAAGGCUGGAAGUGCACCUUGUAGGAGGCUUCAGUGAUGAUAGGCAGUUGUCACAGAAACUUACUCAUCAGCUUCUUAGUGAAUUUGACAAACAAGAUGAUGAGAUUCACUUAGUGACAUUAUGUGUGACAGAAUUAAAUGACCGGGAAGAAAAUGAAAACCACUUUCCAAUCAUUUAUGGCAUUGCUGUCAACAUUAAAACUGCAGAGAUUUACAGAGCUUCCUUUCACGAUCGUGGUCCAGAGGAACAGCUUCGUGCUGCAAGAGCCUUAGCUGGAGGCCCGAUGAUUAGCAUUUAUGAUGCAAAGACAGAACAACUUCGAAUAGGCCCGUAUUCCUGGACGCCAUUUCCACAUGUGGAUUUCUGGUUGCAGCAAGAUGACAAGCAAAUACUAGAGAACCUUUCUACUUCUCCUCUGGCUGAGCCCCCCCACUUUGUUGAACAUAUUAGAUCUACCUUGAUGUUUUUAAAAAAAUUCCCAUCUCCAGCAAAUAUACUGUUUCCUGGAAAUAAAGCUCUUCUCUACAAAAAAAAUGAAGAUGGCUUAUGGGAAAAGAUCUCUCCAGGGAGCUAACAUCCAAGUUACCAAAGAACACAGCUCUUUGGCCUGAUAGAGACCAUUGGUGGUUUGGAAUCUACAACUGUGCAGUUUGACUUCUUCCUUGCUUACUAUCUUUCAAAAUAAAAUCUUAUUUUGGCAAAGGCA